GAGGAGGAGAGAGAGGGAAGCAAGGAGGGGAGAGUUGGGGGUCUCAAUGCGAUCGCGAUGGGGAGUGUAUUGAUUUGCUGAGCGCACUCCACAAUUGGCAGCAUCUCUCGCUUUGCACUCCACAGCCACGGCGCGCGUCACAUCCUCGUCCUCGCCGAGAACAUGUGUGUCAUCUAAGCAGCAGGAGAGCAGUUCAUUGACAAUUGUUGUCUUUUUAUAAAUUCAAGCUGUCAAGUGGACUGCUUUUUAUUAUUGCUUGGGAGUCCACCGCUUCGUCACGCCUCUUUAUUAGAAUUGCAGACACUUGUGCGCCCGCCGACUUGCUCCAUCGGAAAGAUUGAAUAAUUCACGCUCCAAUCACGCCUCUUCGCCCCCUCCACCAUCCCCGGGUGAUCCUUUCCUGCCUUUCUCCGUACCUUCCCGGUGUCUCCUCGGUGGAUUUAUCGACCGUUGAAGCUGCGCACGCAUCUCGAAUAUCAUCUGUUGCUGCCGCCGCCGCCGCCGUUACCGGAGGAGAAUCAUUCCCGGCAUCUCUGAUGUGAUGAUACAAAAAGACAUAUUUUGGAGCGUUCUUUGCUAAAAAUGGACGAAAAGGUGUUGUUACUUUUAUUGCUGCUGCUGUCCUUACACGCGAUUCCGAUCCCGCUGCUGUGAUUCGAUUCAUUAUGAUCCGUCUAUGCCGCCGACCCCCCCUCCCACAUUGAUCCACGCCGUAAGUUUAAUAGACGCGUGAGCAUUUCGGCGUGAAGUGAUCGGGCGAGACACGCACACAAACCCCCAAAUAACGUGGAUGUAUCCCCCACCCCACGCCACGACAGCCCCGCAGGUUUGAUUUCUUCUACUUUGCACGCAAAUGUUGAUGAUGGAGGACGACGAACUGGACGCUCAUCAGGUUGAUUCGGAUUUUGAGCCGCAAAGCCGGCCUCGCUCGUGCACCUGGCCGCUGCCUUGCCCGGAGGAUUUCCCCGAGGUCAGCGGGGGACUCCCGCUGGCUGGCAUCAAGGUGGAACCGGAGGACGUGCCGGCGUGCAGAGCCGGGCUGCUGGCGGGCGGCGCACCGGGCGAGCUCAAGCAUCCGGCCGGCGCCCCGGCACCGGUCGGCACCACGCACCCGUGCAUGGACGCCAGCGGACCGCUGCGCAAAGCCAAGUCGUCGCGGAGGAACGCGUGGGGGAACCAGUCCUACGCGGACCUCAUCACGCGUGCCAUCGAGAGCACCCCGGAGAAGAGGCUCACGCUGUCGCAGAUCUACGACUGGAUGGUCCGCUACGUGCCCUAUUUCAAGGAUAAAGGCGACAGCAACAGCUCGGCCGGAUGGAAGAACUCCAUUCGUCACAACCUAUCCCUACACACACGCUUCAUCCGUGUUCAGAAUGAGGGCACUGGAAAGAGCUCCUGGUGGAUGUUGAACCCUGACGGAGGGAAAAUGGGCAAGGCUCCAAGACGACGAGCUGUCUCCAUGGACAACAGCACCAAGUAUCUCAAGAGCAAAGGUCGCAUUCGAGGCAAGCGGGUUGGUCGUCCUGGAAUUGGAGCGGGUUCAACUGUCGUGGGCCUACAGGGAUCCCCGGACCACAGUAGCCCACCUCAUAAAGGUCUACCUGGUUCUGGAGGGACUUCAGGUACGGACAGUGAGUUUGAUGCCUGGACUGAUCUUCACUCCAGAGCCAGCUCGUCAGCAUCUACCCUGAGCGGCCGUCUGUCACCAAUUCUUGCAGAAGGGGAACCGGAGGAACCUGAUGAGGGAGGCUUGUCAUGUUCCACUUCCCCCCACCUCUACCCGUCACCCACUGCCCGUUCUCCGUCCAUGGGGGCAGGCAACCGCUGUCCUCCCCUUGAGCAAUUGCCUCAGCUGACAAACCUAACAGGUGCCAUCAGUCUUGAUGAACAGCUGAUGGAGGACGGCUAUCAUCACCAUCAUUCACAGCAGCAACACCAACAGCAUCCUUCUGUUGGGAGACAUAAGCACCAAACCUCAGUCUACCACUACAGUUCUGGAGUGAAAGGCCAGACGUCCUAUGGUACAAGUGGGUAUGGUACGACAGGCAUGGGCAUGAUGCGACAUCACUCUCCCAUGCAAACCAUCCAAGAGAAUAAGCCAGCAAGGUUUUCUGGAACAAUGCGAACGUAUUCCAGCACCAAUGCCCUGCAGAGCCUCCUUACAGGGGGAGCAGCCGGGCAGCCUUACUGCCCCAAGGAAAUGAUGCUGGGUCUAAAGAGAGAAGGUCAUACGUUGAUGUCCUGCAAUGGUUCUAACCCUCACAGCCACCACGUCAGUCACCACAAUGGACAUGGCCAGAAUCACAAUGGACCUCACAGUCAUAGCCACAACAGAACUCACAGCCAUGCACACGCUCAUAAUCACAACUCAUCUCACAGCCUCAGCCACAACGGCAUCGGCCAUAACCACACAUCUCGAGUACCGCCCCUGAAUCCGUGUGGCAACGGUAAUUUACUGCAAACCUACAAUCACAAAUCUCCUUACCUGUACAGCCCUCCAGCACACGCCCACUUACCGGCGUCUACCACCCUGCCCCCCAACCCGGCGGGGAUGCUCGGCAUGCCCCAGGACUCCUGCCAUUUGGCUACCGCGCCACAUCCACACCCUCGUCACAACCAUUACCCUGACCCACAACACCAAGCCAUGGUGAACGGACCCUUCCACCACGGUCAGGGUAUGGUUGGUAGCAACGGCACCGGGGGAUACCACCACGGCUAUCACCAACCCCAUCCGCACGAGAGACUACCCGCGGACUUGGACAUCGACAUGUUCCAGGGCAGCUUGGACUGUGAUGUGGAGUCUAUCCUCCUCCAUGACAUCAUGGACUCUGGAGAGGAGAUGGACUUCAACUUUGACUGCUCUCUUGCCCAAGGGGUGGGCAUCGGAAUGGGAAUGGGGAUGGGUGUGACCAUGGGUAUGGGAAUGGGAAUGAGCGGACUGGCCGGUCCACAGCAAACCCACAGCAACCAGAGCUGGGUGCCCGGCUAAACUCUGAGAUGACCCAUCUGAAGGCCACAAAAGAACAAUCUUACCCAUAAAGCACUGUGCUCAACUGUGACAUUCCUGACUUGACACAGAGACUAUAUGACCAUGUCUUUCUUUGUUGUCUGUCACCCUUUUUCUCUUUUUUGAUCCCCCGCCCACCUUACCCUUCUCUCUGAGAACUAGCUCUUGUCUCAUUUGAUAUUUCCUCAUAUCAGCUAUACUGUGAUGACAAUCUCUCAGCAUCAUUGCUUCUCAUCUACCAUGAGAGCUGAACUCUCCAUGCACUUUAUCGCAAGUGUGUUCACAAAGCAGCUCUUGCAGAACCCAGCAUGUUUUGUGAGUUGAUAAACUGUCAAAAUUCAAACUCAAACAGGACCGCUAAUGAGUCAUAGUCAGAAGUAGAGACCAAAAAGUGCACACAAAAAAAAAAUCCCCUAGCUGCAUUAUGAUCUCACUACGUUAACACAGAAACCUUUGUGAAAAUUCAAUAAAUGCAAAUCAAUUUUUGAUCCGGAACCGUUUUUCCUCUAAUGAAAUUCAUGCUCAUGAGAUCCAAUCAAUUCUCGCCAACGUCUUAGCGCUGCGUUUCUGUUAUUUAUAGCUUCAUACAUCCAGACCUUGGCACUUUGACUCUUCUGUUGGAUGCGAUGUUUAGUUAAUGUCCUCUUGCCAUUCGGCCAAGACGUGUUGUCACUACAUCACCAAAUGGAUUCUAUCAUUACUCGCUUGCAUGCAAUUUGGUGAAUUAAAAACUUGUAUCACCUUGUCUCACCUGGGCCUCUGGAGGCACUCACUCUCUCGCUCUUCCUCACUCUUGUCCUACUGUCUGGAAGUGGCUCUCUCUCCCUGCCUGCCAGUGGAGACAAAGUGGCCAUUACUCACAGCGAGCCAUUAAUGGGUCUUGAUUGAAAUUCAGCAUCUUGCUUUUAAUCUCCAAAGUGAUGCGGCAGCGAUGCGUCAUUAUUGAGAAGCUAACACAUUGUCCUCCCAUAUCUCACCCGAGGGCGGAGUUGGGGUGGGUGGAUAGGGGUUUCAGAAAGCCUAGACGAAACAGUGUGAUGCCAAAGUCAGUGUCCACUUUGGGCAAAUGUGAAAGAAGUUCGGCCUUAAACAUUAACAUUUCAUUGAUUUGAGGAGCAAAUCGACACUUUUACCCCACAUUGCCGUCUCGCCAGAUUACUGCAUCAAAGUCUUAAACACAGAGCCAUUUGUCUAUUUAUCUGUCCCUUUCAAAAUGCGUGGCUACAUCACUGCCAGCGUCACUGCCUGUAUUUGCAGCGACACUUUGUUUUCGAUACAAAAUUCCAAGCUUCACACCCUGUAUUGUUACGCCCAAGAAGUCCCGCUCUAACAUCAGUCGGUACCUUACACGUAGAACAGCAAGAUAGGAAUUGGCCAGUGUGAAAUGGGCUAGUUUUGAUGAGAAGCCAUGCACACACUCCCCACCCCUGGCCCACUUUUUUCCCCCUGUGUCUUUAUUCUGUUGUUGUGUAGUUGUCGUUGUGUCGUUGCUAAUUCUAAAGACCAACAGCGCUGACGUAUUAGCACUGAGGAAGCUCUUGUCGGUGAAAUGAUGUCGGCAGUAGUGCAAGUGUGACCUUCUUCCCAGACUCCGGUCGGUCGGUCGCCUGCCCACGUGUGUGCUUUGCUCAAUUGUCUGUGUUUGUGAUUGGGGGCUGGGUGUUGGAGUGUGUGUGAGGUG